GCCCCGCCCCAUUUCAGUGACUAAUGUGAAACAAAGUGCAACAAGCCGUUGACUCCAAAUAAAGUUGGAAAGAAGAGCAUGAAGGCAGCCGGAGGAGCGAGGUGUCCGUGAGGGUCAGGCCGGCCUGAGAGCGCUGCUAGGCGGGGAGAGGAGGCGGCAUGAGUCGGCGCGGUCCUCCCGGGUCAUGGCCGCGGUGAGCCGGGAUGGAUCCAGGCGGCGCGUCGCGGCGGAGCGGCGGCUCCGCGGAGCGCUGGCGGGGCCACAUCCUCCGGCAGCUGCAGCACCGGGACCGAGUCCAGAGCGCCAUGUUCCAGGACCUGAUCCGCUUCUACACUCGACUGCUGGAGAAAACCUGCCUGACCAAAGGGCUCCUGAGCCCCGCCCACAGACCUCCCUCCGGGGCCUCCAACCGGCCAUCUCUGCAGCAGCAGAACAGCAACCUGAAGACUACUACCGGGGAGCUGGCCUACAAGGUGCUGGAGCUGCAGCAGCAGAUUAGGAUCGAGGAACGCGUCCUGCAGGAGCAACGGACCAGGCUGCAGGCGGAGGAGCGCCGGCUGGCGGCGGCGGCGGACGCCAAGCGGACUCUGAGGGAGCAGGUGGAGCGGGUCGGAGAGGAGAACAGGACGCUGAAGACGGCGUACGAUGCGCUGCUGCAGCGUCAGAGGGAGGCGGAGUCUAACCUCAGAGCCGAGAAGGAGAAACAGGAGCGACUCCUGGAGGACAUGAUGCAGCAGAAAAAGCAGGCCGCCGCCCGCAUGAACCACCGCAACGAACGCCGCUCGAGAGCUCGACAGGCGACCGUGCAGAAGGAGCUGCAGACGGCUGCCAGGUCAACGGUCGUCGUCGACAGUUCCUCCAGCGAUGCGACGUCUCCGCAGGACGGAGACCAGGACAAGUCCGCGGGACGAGGACCGACCCGUCUCUUCAGGUCGGCGUCGUCUCCGAGGUUCUUCUUCUCGUCCAGGUUCUCCAUCAGAGAGAUGUUUGACAGGAAGAAAAGAGGCCAUUCGGUCCACAGCCGGGAGGAGGACCUGCCUUAUCCUGUCGGGAUCUGUUUAUCAGCCAGAGUCCCUGCCAGACCUCUGCAAGUGCUGGAGGCCCACGAGCAAGGCAUCAACGCGGCGCGGUUCAGCUUCGGCUCGGACCUGCUGGCCACCGGCGGGACGGACCGGGUCAUCAAGCUGUGGGACGUGCGAGCAGGCUCGCUGACCCACAGAGCCACGCUGGACGGCAGCACAGAGGGCAUCACCUGCGUGGAGUUCGACCCCACGGGCCGCAGGAUCCUCGGCGCUUCCCACAACAAGUCAGCUCUGCUGUGGUUCCUGGACGACUCCGUCCCCAAGGUGACUCUGACGGGCCACAGCAGGAAGGUGACGGCAGCCAGGUUCACCUGCGCACCCCACCAGGUGGUGACAGGAAGCACCGACCGGACCGUCCGGCUCUGGGACCUGACCCGCGCUGCCUGUGUGCAGCAGAGUGAGGUGGCGUCGUUCUGCAGCGACCUGGUCUGUUCUGAGAGCAGCAUCAUCAGCGGACACUUCGACUGCAAGAUCAGAGUCUGGGACCUCAGGACGGUGAGCUGCGUUCAGGAGCUCCCCUCUCCGGGCAGAGUCACCUCGCUGGACCUGAGCUCCGACCGCCGCCAGCUGCUCAGCUGCUGCCGUGACGACUGCCUCCAGCUGCUGGACCUCAGGUGGAGCAACGACCGCAUGUGCUUCAGAGCCGACGGCUUCAAAUGUGGCGGCGACAGCAACAAAGCGGUCAUCAGCCCUGACGGAUGCUACCUGGCAGCCGGAUCAGCGGACGGAGCUGUUUACGUCUGGAACGUCUCCAAGGGGAACCUGGAGACCCGCCUCCCGGACCAACACAGCUCGUUCAUCACCGCCGUGUCCUGGUCCCUCUCAGGAGAAUACGUCGUCAGCGUAGACAGGAGCCGGCGGGCCGUGCUCUGGAGUGACAUCUGAAGCGACCAAUCAGAUGGGCUUCCUGUGAGGACGCGUCUGAAGCGGCCAAUCAGACGGGCUUUCCUGUGGGGACGCGUCUGAAGCGGCCAAUCAGACGGGCUUUCCUGUGGGGACGCGUCUGAAGCGGCCAAUCAGACGGGCUUUCCUGUGGGGACGCGUCUGAAGCGGCCAAUCAGACGGGCUUUCCUGUGGGGACGCGUCUGAAGCGGCCAAUCAGACGGCCUUCCUGUGGGGACGCGUCUGAAGCGGCCAAUCAGAUGGGCUUUCCUGUGGAGACGCCUCUGAAGCGGCCAAUCAGACGGCCUUCCUGUGGGGACGCGUCUGAAGCGGCCAAUCAGACGGCCUUCCUGUGGAGACGCGUCUGAAGCGGCCAAUCAGACGGCCUUCCUGAAGCGGCCAAUCAGACGGUUCUUCCUGUGGAGACGCGUCUGAAGCGGCCAAUCAGACGGCCUUCCUGAAGCGGCCAAUCCAGCAGCAGCUGCAGUUUUCGCUGCAGGAGGAAGAGUUUGAUCUGAGAGCUGUUUCAGGGACCAUUUACAGGUUUUUAAGCUACAUGUUGAGAAGAAAAAAGGGACAUUUUAAUUUCUUGAUGUUUUCUAACAGACGUGUGCAGCAGCAGCAGAUCUUAACAGGGAAACACUGACGUUUUACUAACUUCCUGCUUUUUAAACAUGAAACUGUUAAACUUGGGGAUUAAAAAAAGGGAAAACCUCCUGGACGUCCUGAAGCCUCUGAGCUUUCAGCAGAGUAACGAGGCUGAAGGAGUAUUUAUCGGCACUGAGGCGACGUUCUGGUUCCCCUCAGACUGAAGAGGUAGCGGAUCAGAGGCGAGGCAGAGAAAUUUAUUUCUGAAUCCAUCACUGAUCAGAACAGAACCUGCUUCUAAUUGUCCCGGUUAUCUCUGCCCCCCCCCCUCCCCCCGUCCUUUUGUCUUGGCUCCUUAAAAGCUAAACCAUAUCAUAAUAAUAUAUUAAAUGCCUUCUAGUAUUAAUAAAGUUGUAAUGACGGCCAAUUAAAAAUACCAUCUUUAGCUUGGCAGUUCCCGCCUCCUGCCAGUAGAGGGCGCUGCUCCUGAACCUUCAGGUUCCCCUAAUGCCUGCAAACGUGUUCUGCUGUUUGUAUUUUGCUCUUAGUGGGGCCAGAACAGUUGGACCUGACCGGUUCUGAAGAUGCUGCGGAAUGGAUAAUGGUUCUGGUUCUGGUUCAGACCCUGGACCUUCUGGGACUGACUCCUAGCCAAGAACAUGGUUUCUGGACCAGGACAGACCCUUUGAUCUGCUGUAGAAUCGCGUUUAAGGUCCACCUGGUGCUUGGUUGGCUUUGAUCGGGUCGGUUCUACAGAAACGGGUUGGUCCAGCCGUGCCUCGGACCUUUUGUAUACCUCCCUAUGAUGAUUGAGUCUGUGAUGGAGAUUCUGAUUAAGGGUUCUGAAGACGACCCAGUUCUGGUCUUGAGGUGGCUGUUGGGACAACGGUGGUACUUUAACUGCUCUGGACUUUUUCAACAUCAAACACCCUGAUUUCCUCGGGUCCAAUAAAUCAUUCUGGUUCUGAUUCUGAUCCAGUUCUGCUCUUACUCUGACUUUAUGAAUGUCUAUGCCAGUAUCUCCCUCUGGUUGCAUACAAAGCUUUCCUGAGUAAAUGAUGAUGCCCUGUUGGUUUAUUAUAUUCUAUUUCUCUGUUUUCCGCUUUAUUUUUACUCUGUUUGUUGGUAAAAGAAAAGCUUUUGUGAACAUUUACAACAACCAGUAUUUCCAGCAGUAUGUUUCUCAUACGUGCAACGAGUAAAGGAGAAGCAAUAGAGCCCAUAAACAAAUAUAUACGACAUUAACGACAUUUUAAUGAAUGAAACCAAUCAUAAGGAUGUUUUCAUCCUGACGUGUGAGGCCAGUAGAUCCGGUUCGUCGGUACCGGUCCACGCUGCUCAUGACUGAGCCAUCUUCUCCAAAUCGCACCACUAUUCCACAUCCAAUAUGGCGCCGACGAAAAGUAAGGAGUGAAGUAAGCCCAACCGGUAGAUCGGGUCGGUCCUCUUGCUUUCUGAUGGUUCUGUGGUUCUGCUGGUGGACGGCGAUGUUUGUCUGCUGAUCGGGUCGGUACAAAGUUCUGUUCAGCCUCUAAAUGGACUACGUAAAAACGAUCAGGAUGAACCCCUGGCAUAUUCAGUUUUAUUUAAAGUAAAUGUAAUUUUUCUUUUUCUGGUCAAAUUACGUGUCUAGGCGCCUUUAAAGUGCGGAUGUUGUCUCAUAUUUUUGUGGGUUUUGAAGCUGCUGACGGUUAAAGGGAAGAAGAUGUGAAAUGGUUUCAUUGCUGCUGGUUCUGUUGGACCUUCAGGGCUUAAAGGGAACACGCAGGAAACUACUCUGAUGUAAAAACUCACCCAGACGGUUCUAACCUUCAUUAAUUUAUACUGAAUAUUAAUCAGGACUGUACGGAAAGACAUUUCAAACACAAUCAGUGCUGAAAUAAACCAAUAAAUCAUGAAUUUAACCCACA